UCACAGGCUCCUGAAGAAGUCGCAGCCGAGCUCGACUAUUUUAGGAGUCUUCUUAAACAGAUUGUGACGAUUGUCUGCAGUGGAGAUCAGGCGCGUAUUGCUCACCUGAUCUCUAUCAUUCGUGCCAAUCCCUCUGAUACGGACAUAUACGCUCUGCUGAACAAUGAUCCUGCCAUCAAUAAUGAUUCCGACGAUGAACAAGACGAAAGCCCUAGGGAAGAGAACAAUUAG